UGCCAGACUGAAACUAUACAGCAAUGGUUUGGAGCGAUGCAACUAAACGGCCAGAUACACAAACCUCAGGAAAAAAAACAGUGCCAAUUACUAUUGCCAACCAGCCAUGAAACCAGAAGCUCCUCAAUACAAAUGGAGUGAUGUUAAAGUGAAGACGGCCACUGACUCUUAUGAAAAUGUACAGAAAGGACUGAGUAGACUUCCAGCUGCUGGCCAGCGUAAAGCAGAAGAAAAUCAGCAGCAUCUUAAAGGUCGAAUUCCCCCACAAGUUCCUGGUUACCACAACCUGAGAAGUAUCGUUCCUCCACUAAACUCUGAGAGGCUAAAGCCCAUCAGGCAAAAAACAAAGAAUGCAGUGGUAAGCGUUCUUGACACUGGGGAGGUUUGCAUGGAAUUUUUAAAAGAGCAGAAUUCUCAAGAACGAGUUAAAGAGGUGCUG